AACCACUCUCUUCACUUGCCACUUAACGGUUCACCUUUUCUUUUUUUAAUUCCUAAAUCGAUCACCUGAAUCAUUUCCGAUAACUUUCGGUCAUGAAGAACUCCAAUAACAACUUCCAAGGGUUCACCACUUCACAGGUAGUAGAAGAACUAAAUGAUCUUCUACGUAUGGUGAUUCCAAUAACCGCAGCAAAUUGUCUCGUAUUCCUCCGAGCUGUUAUUUCCGUGCUGUUUCUAGGCCGGCUCGGGAGCCUAGAGCUAGCUGGCGGUUCGUUAUCCUUAGGUUUCACUAACAUCACCGGCUACUCAGUCCUGGUCGGGUUGGCGUCGGGGCUGGAGCCGGUGUGCAGCCAGGCGUACGGUAGCAACGGGAGCAACAAGUGGGAGUUAUUGUCUAAUUCUUUAGUUCGAAUGAUCUUCAUACUACUGGUGGCGAUCAUACCUAUUGGGUUCUUAUGGUUAAAUCUAGAACCGAUUCUGUUGUUUAUGGGACAGGAUGCAGCGAUUACGUCAGCAGCCGCGACGUACUGUUAUUAUUCUCUACCGGAUUUGUUAACAAACUGUUUGUUACAGCCGUUACGGGUUUAUCUACGGUCACAAGGAGUCACGAAACCGUUGAUGUGGUGCAACUUAAUAGCGGUUGCGUUCCACGUGCCGAUAAACUACGUGUUAGUAGUGGAGAAAGGAUUGGGUGUGAGCGGGGUGGCGAUGGGAACGGUGCUAACGAAUUUGAACAUGAUGGGGUUAAUGAUAGGGUACGUGUGGGUGUAUGGGAAGUGGAGGUGGACGUGGAGAUGGACGGAGGGUAUUGGGAUGAGGGAGUUGGUGAGAUUGUCUGUGACGAGUUGUAUGGGAAUAUGUUUGGAGUGGUGGUGGUAUGAGAUCGUGACCGUUCUUGCUGGAUAUCUGGCAGAUCCACGGCUGGCAGUGGCGGGAACUGGGAUAUUGAUACAGACGACGAGUUUGAUGUACACGGUUCCCAUGGCGUUGGCUGGGUGUGUUUCUGCACGAGUCGGAAAUGAGCUCGGAGCAGGGAGACCAUACAAGGCAAAACUAGCUGCACUUGUGGCCUUGGGUUGUGCUUUUGUAGUUGGUUUCAUUCAUGUCAUUUGGACCAUAAUUUUUAGGGACAAAUGGAGUGCACUAUUCACCCAUGACCACAUGCUCCAAUCACUCGUGUCAUCGGUCAUGCCGAUCAUGGGUCUAUGUGAGCUAGGCAACUGCCCACAAACCACUGGUUGUGGGAUCCUACGUGGGACAGCUAGACCUGCGGUUGGUGCACGUAUCAACCUCGGUUCUUUCUACUUUGUUGGCACUCCGGUGGCCGUGGGCUUAGCUUUCUUUUUGAAUGUUGGAUUUAGUGGUUUGUGGAUUGGUCUUUUGUCGGCUCAGUUGGCGUGUGUGGUUUCGGUUUUGUAUUCGGUUCUUGUAAAAACAGAUUGGGAAGGUGAGGCUUUGAGGGCGGAAAAACUAACGAAUUUGUCGAAUGGUGGGUUGGAGAUGGUCGCGGAAUACGAUUCUGAUGGUAGUGAUCAUGAAAAAGGGUUGUUGAUCGUCAAGUGACGAUUAUUUAUAACAGGGAAUACAAGAAGAAAGAACACGAGGGUGUCGUGUCUAUAAUAAGCUAGUCGAUCGCCAUAGAUUUUUUCUUUUUUUUUUUUGGAAGUUAACGUGGCGUUGAACCGGUAUUUGUAUGCGCUUUUGUAUUUUGUAUAUAGUUUUGGAUCAAUGGAUAACAUUUUGUGAAGA